UUAAAAGUCAAACUUCAGCAAUUCAUAUUCCAUUUCGUAUUUGAGUAGCUUUUGUGUAAGAUCUUUGCUAAUUCAAUUGAAUUUUGAUUAUUAGUUUGAAAUUUUGAAUUUUAUUUAUCUUUACUACUAUGUAUUAAUAUUGUAAAAUAAAAGACAUUAAAAUAAGCCACUGGGUAUACCACUAUCCUGAAGAACUACUAACUGCAACUUUUUGUUUAGUGCCAAAUCAUCUUCUUCACAAAAUGAUACUUUAAAGUUUAAAUCAUUUUGCAUAGGAGCUGACUAUGUCGUGGUGGACUAGGUGGCCGAUGAUUAACUAUUAUUCCUUUUUUUCUCCUAUACUGAUCUGUGGUAAUAUGCACUAACACUGACCAAAGUCUUGAAUAUCCAUAUGUCCUUCUCAGAUCACUCGGCUCUAUUUGUCAACCUAUCUGCAGGUGAGAGAGGGAGGGUGGGAAUACACAAAAUCUUUUGCUUUGAGAAUGCACUGACCAAAUUUUGGAGGAUUGGGAUUUAUGGACCUUCAUGCAUUUAACCAAGCAAGGGUGGUGAAUUUUCACAAUGCCUGAUAGCCUAGUUGGAAGAGUAUAUAAAGCCAUGUACUUCCCACAGUCCUUGUUUCUGGAAGCUGACGCGGGCAACUCCCCAAGCUUCUGUUGGCAGAGUAUACUAGCAGGGCGUGACAUUUUAAUAAGCGGACUGGGAAAAAGGAUGGAUCAGUAUGGUUAUGAUACGAAAAUAUGGACCAACAAGCCUCCGCUGUCUCUCUCAAGGCUGAUCUCUUUCAUGUGUGGAAAGGAGGACAAGAUUGUGGUCCUGGUGGGUACUAUCACGGAUGAUGUGAGAGCCUAUGAGGUACCAGCAUUGAAGGUCUGCACUCUGAGGUUCACCAAAACCGCAAGGGCUAGGAUUGAGAAGGCUGGUGGUGAAUGUUUGACGUUUGAUCAGCUUGCUCUUCGGGCUCCUUUGGGACAGAACACGAGCGCAAACGCCGUGCAUGCAUUGAACAAGUAUCUUUACAGAGAAGCAAAGUUGGAGGCUCAGCUUGAAAAAGAACGGAAGAAAUCCUUUAAUUUGUCAAUGAAGAACAAAGUAAAGCUAUCACCACUCUCAAUGUCAUUGAAGAGUAAACCAUGCAGGAAAAUGGUGGAAUAUAUUUCAGGCUCCUUGAUGUUCCUAUAAUGAACUGAAUCUCUAUAGUCCACACUUCUACUGUGUGUAACUAAUAAUAUUGUAUUUCACAUUUUUCAACCGUAAUUGUACCCUUCAUGACUUAGAAGUGACCAAGCAAGCUUGUACUUCUGUUGAGAAGGGUAGGCAACAGGCUGUUGUUUCUCACUUAUACAAAGAGCUUGCAUUAGAGCUCUAGCCCUAACUUUUGUUUUAUUAAUAAAACUAUUGUGUUUUAAUUUGAA